GGGCCGCGGCGGCGGCGGGAGAUCGUGAACCUACUUCAUCCGCGGACCGGCUCCGAGUCGGUCGCUCAGUCUGUCCAGUGGUGGCCUGCCCGCGCGCACGCGCACGCGCACACGCGUACACGCCCUUUGCGCCCCGCCUCCGCGCGCCCCGGUGAACCGCGACCCCAGGCCAAGCGGCGCCGGCCGCUGAGGGAAGCAUGAGGGACUACGACGAGGUGACUGCCUUCCUGGGCGAGUGGGGGCCCUUCCAGCGCCUCAUCUUCUUCCUGCUCAGCGCCAGCAUCAUCCCCAACGGUUUCAACGGCCUUUCGGCGGUGUUCCUGAUAGGAACCCCCGAGCACCACUGCCGGGUACCGGGCUCCGCGAACCUGAGCAGCGCGUGGCGCAACCACAGUAUCCCGCUGCGCCUGCAGGACGGCCGGGAGGUGCCCCACAACUGCCGCCGCUACAGGCUCGCCACGCUUGCCAACUUCUCGGCGCUUGGGCUGGUGCCAGGACGCGACGUGAACCUGACGCAGCUGGAGCAGGAGAGCUGCCUGGACGGCUGGGAGUUCAGCCAGGACGUCUACCUGUCCACAAUCGUGACCGAGUGGAACCUGGUGUGUGAGGACGACUGGAAGGCCCCGCUCACAAUCUCCUUGUUUUUCGUGGGUGUGCUGGUGGGCUCCUUCAUUUCGGGGCAGCUCUCAGACAGGUUCGGUCGGAAGAAUGUGCUGUUUGUGACCAUGGGCAUGCAGACAGGCUUCAGCUUCCUGCAGGUCUUCUCGACGAACUUUGAGAUGUUUACUGUGCUAUUUAUCAUUGUAGGCAUGGGCCAGAUCUCCAACUACGUGGCAGCCUUUGUCCUGGGAACAGAAAUUCUUGGCAAGUCAGCUCGUAUUAUAUUCUCCACGUUAGGAGUGUGCAUAUUUUAUUCAUUUGGCUACAUGUUGCUGCCACUGUUUGCUUACUUCAUCAGAGGCUGGAGGAUGCUGCUGCUGGCGCUGACGGCGCCAGGGGUGCUGUGUGUGGUGCUCUGGUGGUUCAUCCCUGAGUCUCCCCGAUGGCUCAUAUCUCAGGGACGAUUUAAAGAGGCAGAGGCGAUCAUCUGCAAAGCAGCCAAAAUCAAUGGGAUCGUUGUGCCCUCAACUGUCUUUGACCCUACUGAGCUACAAGACCUAAGUUCCCAGAAGCAACAGUCACACAACAUUCUGGAUCUGCUCCGAACCCAGAAUAUCCGAAUGGUCACCAUCAUGUCUAUAAUUCUGUGGAUGACCAUAUCAGUGGGUUAUUUCGGGCUUUCCCUUGAUACGCCUAACUUGCAUGGAGACAUCUACAUGAACUGCUUCCUUUCGGGGGUGGUUGAAGUCCCGGCAUACAGCGUAUCCUGGGUACUGCUGCAGUAUCUGCCCCGGCGUUACUCCAUGGCCACCGCCCUCUUCCUGGGCGGCAGUGUUCUUCUCUUCCUGCAGCUGGUGCCGCCAGACUUGUACUAUUUGACUACAGUCCUGGUGAUGGUCGGCAAGUUUGGAAUCACUGCUGCCUUCUCCCUGGUCUACGUGUACACUGCUGAGCUGUACCCCACGGUGGUCAGAAACAUGGGUGUGGGAGUCAGCUCCACAGCAUCCCGCCUGGGCAGUAUCCUGUCUCCCUAUUUUGUUUACCUGGGUGCCUACGACCGCUUCCUGCCUUACAUUCUCAUGGGAAGUCUGACCAUCCUGACAGCCAUCCUCACCUUGUUCCUCCCAGAGAGCUUCAACAUCCCCCUCCCAGACACCAUUGACCAGAUGUUAAGGGUCAAAGGAAUAAAAUACAGGCAAAGUCCAAGCCACACAAGGGUGUUAAAGGAUGAAGAAGAAAGCCCUGCCAUCCUUAAAAGCACAGCCUUCUAAUACAACCUCCAGUAAGUCAGAACUUGAAGAGGAAAUAGGCUUCUGUCAGAAAAUGCUUGUGCAGACACUGAGCCCUGCAGUGACGAAGGUCUUUCUGUUUAUUCUAUUGACCCUGUUUCUGACUUGCUCAUGUUUGGGUGCCCAGACUCAGAGGCUGUGUGUGGUCUUAGAGUACUGUCUUCCCUCCAGGGACACCGUGGCUAUGGACAGACAACUUUAGCUAAGUCCCACCUAUUAUGAUGAUAGACUUAGUACUUCCUGAGACGUUAACUAUUCACUAGGGCCAGUGGGAUUUGAAAAGAUAGGCGAGGCAUCUGCUAAAUUUUGCAUUUUAAUUUCAGACUGCCCAAAAAGGCCCCUGAUAAAACUGGAUGUUCAAGUCCCCCCCACCUUUUCCCUUCCCCUUUCCCUCUAAUGGUUCACUUUAAAGGACAAGAAAUAAUUUCAUAGGGAGGUUGAUUUCUCGUGUUUGCUUGGUUCCAAAAGACAUUAACUGAGUGUUGCCUCCCCAGAGCAAGAGAGCACAGGCUCUGGGGAAACUUAAAAGUGUUUAAGAUGGAGUGGACUGAGCAGAAGCAGGCUGUGUGGGCAAAUGCCUUGAUUUGCAAGCCCUUGGACCACUCAGUAUGACUACUGGCUAGACCUGUUUACAUCUGAUCAAAGCACUAGGCUUGUCCAGGCCCAUAAGAAAUGCAUCAUUGAAUCCACUAUUCUUGUUUUCCACUACUGUGUAAAUCACACCUCGUAGCUACUUUGACUUAGUAUGUCUGGUUUGAAGAAGUAUAUCCAUGAGAAAAAAAGACAUGCAAACUUGUCUCUUCUCUCAAAACUGCAAUGUGGAUUUUGUUUUAUUGUGUUUUGUUUGUGAUUAUUGUUGUGGCUUUUUCUCCUUAUUUGCCCUUCAGAAUGGACUUGAGAAAGGCUGGUUCCUUAUCCUCCUGGUUUGUGUCUUUUUUUUUUUUUUAACCCAGAAUCCGACAAUGGCCUGCAGUUGCCACUUGUACAUGCAAAUCUUUGGCCUCACCAGCCUUGGCCACUAGCACUUCUCUGAGUGCCAAAAAUGAUGUCAUUGUGUGUGUUCCUUUUAUGAUACCUAAUCAUGGGAAAAAUUACAAAGAAGAAACUUAAAUUGUGUCCACAAUCCUUCAGAGAUGCUCACCUCAUCCAUGUAACAUUAUUGGGAAAUAGUUUGUGUUCACCAUAAUUGUCUUUUUUCUGAUUGUGGUAUUCCUGAAGCACAUGCUUUACCUGGUUAAAAACCAUAUUUUUGCGAAAGCUACUUAAGUGCUUUGGGAAAUGAAAAAGUUUUAACAAGUAAAAUGAUUUUUUAAAUAACAGCAGCUGCCUACAACUUUCAUUUCCAUAAUUUAGUGAGCCUGUGUCAACACCACCACCUGACUUUUCUCUGUCAGCUUGGGCUAGUUCUAGCAAUGGUUUGAGAUUAGCCUCUAAAGCUAAGAUUUAAUCCCUGUGCAUUAGAAAUCUUUACUCCACUAAUUGACUAUGGAUUGAACCACUUUUCUUUCAAAGUAUCAGGGUUCCCCUGAAAGCAGAGCCUGAGACCAGAACUUCUGUGGAGUUAGGUAGUUUAUUUUGGCAACAAGAGUCCAGGGAGCUGGGGUAAAGGACAGGGAGUAGAAUAGGAAAGGAGGUAGAGCCAAUACAAGGAAAGCCAGCGCCAAAGGUAGUGGUGCUCCAUCCAGCGAGAUUUCUGAAGAGCCUUAUGAAAUGAUUCUCAAAACUAUCUGCACCGUGAAUAAAAGGGGGAGCAUUUAUCUGUCAGUCCCCACCCAUCAAGGGUGCCCCACUGGUGUUGUCUACGCAUCUAUGAAUCUCAAAUAGGUUUCAGAUAAUCCCUUAGAUAGAAAGCAAAAGGUAAUACAUUGCAGACUCAAGAUGAUAGCAGGUAUUGUCUGUCACCCCCACAUGUCUGUUGGUUUGUCAUACUGUGGGGGGUCGUGUGUUGCUGCAAUGCUGGAAGCUAUGCCGCCAGUAUUCAGAUACCAGCAGGGUCACCCAUGGAGGACAGGUUUCAGCUGAGAUUCUAGACUAAGACAGACUAGGAAGAAGGACCCGGCAGUCUACUUCUGAAAGGCAUCAGCCAGUGAAAACCUUGUGAAUAGCAGCAGAAUGAAAAGAAUUAGUUGAUGUUCAACCAUUUCAAGAGGUGGCAUAUGAUCAGGAACCAAUGGUACUGAAGGAAGAAGUCCAAGCUGCUCUGAAGGCAUUGGAGAAAAACAAGGUUCCAGGAAUUGAUGGUGUAUCAAUUGAGAUGUUUCAACAAACAGAUGCAGUGCUGAAGGUGCUCACUCGUCUAUGCCAAAAAAUAUGGAAGACAGCUUCCUGGCCAACUGACUGGAAGAGAUCCAUAUUCAUGCCUAUUCCCAAGAAAGGUGAUCCAACUGAAUGUGGAAAUUAUAGAACAAUAUCAUUAAUAUCACACGCAAGCAAAAUUUUGCUGAAGAUCAUUCAAAAACGGCUGCCGCAGUGUAUUGACAGGGAACUGCCAGAAAUUCAGGGUGGUUUCAGAAGAGGACAUGGAACCAGGGAUAUCAUUGCUGAUGUCAGAUGGAUCCUGGCUGAAAGCAGAGAAUACCAGAAGGAUGUCUACCUGUGUUUUAUUGACUAUGCAAAGGCAUUCAACUGUGUGGUUCAUAACAAAUUAUGGAUAACAUUGCAAAGAAUGGGAAUUCCAGAACACUUAAUUGUGCUCAUGAGGAACCUUUACAUAGAUCAAGAAGUGGCUGUUCAGACAGAACAAGGGGAUACUGAUGGGUUUAAAGUCAGGAAAGGUGUGUGUCAGGGUUGUAUUCUUUUACCAUACCUAUUCAAUCUGUAUGCUGAGCAAAUAAUCUGAAAAGCUGGACUCUAUGAAGAAGAACAGGCAUCAGGAUUGGAGGAAGACUCAUUAACAACCUGUGUUAUGCAGAUGACACAACCUUGCUUGCUGAAAGUGAAGAAGACUUGAAGCACUUACUAAUGAAGAUCAGCGACCACACCCUUCAGUAUGGAUUGUACCUCAACAUAAACAAAACAAAAAUCCUCACAACUGGACCAACGAGCAACAUAAUGAUAAACGGAGAAAAGAUUGAAGUUGUCAAGGAUUUCAUUUGACUUGGACCCACAAUCAACAGCCAUGGAAGCAGCAGUCAAGAAAUCAAAAGACACAUUGCAUUGGGUAAACCUGCUGCAAAGGACCUCUUUAAAGUGUUGAAGACCAAAGACGUCACCUUGAAGACUAAGAUGUGCCUGACCCAAAAAAAAGCCAUGGUAUUUUCAAUCACAUCAUAUACAUGUGAAAGCUGGACAAUGAAUAAGGAAGACAGAACAAGAAUUGACACCUUUGAAUUGUGUUGGCAAAGAAUAUUGAAUAUAGCAUGGACUGCCAAAAGAAGGAACAAAUCUGUCUUACAAGUACAACCAGAAUGCUCCUUAGAAGCAAAGAUGGUGACACUGCAUCUUACAUACUUUGGACAUGUUGUCAGAAGGGAUCAGGCCCUAGAGAAGGACAUCAUCUUGGCAGAAUACAGGGUCAGCAGAAAAGAGGAAGACCCUCAACGAAGUGGAUUGACACAGCGGCUGCAAAAAUGAGCUCAAGCAUAACAACAAUUGUAAGGAUGGCUCAGGACCAGGCAGUGUUUCGUUCUGUUGUGCACGGGGUCACUAUGAGUCGGAACCGACUCGACGGUACCUAACAACAACAACAACAUUGUCUGUCAGGCUGCACCUCAGUGAAGCUGGUCAAAACUUAUGUGAACUGGUCACUGCAGCAGUGGCUGGAGUAAGUGGUGGGGCUGAGAGGAUUUGGCAUGUUGCAUAAGAGGUAUCUGAGAUAAAUGUGUUAUAUGUAUGUGUGUGUGUAUAUAUAUAUAAAUCUGUAUCAGAGGUCUGUAUCUGAGAGAUAUAUAUGUAUCUGAGACAUAUAUGUGUAUCUGAUAUACAAAUUUUAUAUCAGAUAAGGUUUGGGCUACAUGUUCUCAGGCUCAUAUGGAACACUCACCAAGAAAGACCACAUUCUGGGCCAUAAAAUAUACCUUAAUAAAUUUCAAAGAAUGGAAAUCAUACAAAAUAUACUCUCAGACCACAAUGGAAUUAAACUAGAACUCAAUAACAGGAAGAUACUUUUAAAAAUCCAAAAAUAUCUGUAAAUUAAACAACAUACUUCUAAGUAACACAUGGGUCAGAGAAGAGAUCUUGAGAAAUUUUAAAAUAUUUCUAAAUAAAGGAAAAUACAACUUAUCAAAUUUUGUGGGAUGCAGCAAAAGCAAUGCUUAGAGAAAAAUAUAUAGCCUUGAAUGAAUAUAUUAGAAAACAAAAAAGAUCUAAAAUCAAUACACUGAGUUUCCACAUUAGGAAACUUGAAAAGGAAGAGCAAAUUAAAUCUAAAGCAGAAGAAAAGAAAUAAUAUACUUAGAGCACAGAAAUCAAUGAAAUUGAAAACAGGAAAUAAAUAAUGAAAAUCACCAAAACCAAAAGCUAGUUCUUUAAAAGAUUAAUAAAUUGAUAAGCUUCUAGCCAGGCUAACCAAGAAAAUAAGAAAAAAUACAAUUUACUAAUAUCAGAAAGGAAGGUGGGUCCAUCACAUUUGAUACCAUGGCCAUUAAAAGGAUAAUAAAGUAAUAUUAUGAGCUGCUCUGUUCCCACAAAUUUGAUAACUUCGAUGAAAUGGACGAAUUUCUUGAAAGACACAAUCUACCAAAACUCACACAAAGAGAAACAGAUAACCCAAAAAGGCCUAUAUCUAUUAAAGAGGUUGAUGCAACAAUUAAUAACCUUGCAAAACAGAAACCACCAGGCCCAGAUGGCUUCAGUAAUGCUACCAAACAUUUAAAGAAAAAAUUAUACCAAUUCUCUACCCUCUUUUUCCAGAAGGUAGAAGAGAGGACGCACUUCCUUACUCAUUCUAUGAGUCCCGCAUUACCGUUAUACCAAAACCAGACAGACGUUACUAGGAAGAAAAACUACAGACCAAUAUCUCCCAUGAACACUGAUAUAAAAAUCCUCAAUAAAAUAUUAGCAAAUCUAAUUAUAUACCACAAACAAGUGAGAUUUAUUCCAGGCCGUUUGAACAUUUGAAAAUUAAUUAGUGUAAUUCAUCACAUUAACAAGCUAAAGAAGAAAAAUCAUAUGAUCAUAUCGAUAUAUCAGAAAAAGCAUUUAACAAAAUCUGAUACCCAUUCAUAAUAAAAACUCAGUAAACUGGGAAUAGAGGGGGACUUCCUCCACUUGAUAUAGAACAUCCUACAAAACAUCUACAGAUAACAUAAUACUUAAUGGUGAGAAACUAGAUGCUUUUCCUGAAAGACUGAGAAGACCAGGAUGCCCUGCCUUAUGACUCCUAUUUAACAUUGUAGUGGAAGUCCUAGCUAAUGCAAUUAAGACAAAAAAAAAAAAAAAAAAAUCCACAGAUUGGGAAGGAAGAAAGAAAACUGUCUUUGUUUGUAGAUGAUAUAUGAUUGUCUAUGUAGAAAAAUUCCAAAGAAUCAGGGACAACACCAAAAAAAAAAAAAGAA